CCCCUCUUUCUCUUCACAUUCACACUUCAAUAUUUCUCAUUGCUUCACUUUUCUCCUUUCUCACUCACCAAAAACACAAACCCUUCCUCUUCUUCUUUGUUUCUCUCUUCAUAUUUUUAGUGAAAAUUCAAUGUAUCAUAUGGAGAAGGAAAAGUUGUCUAGGAAACAUCAUAAAAACCCUUCAUUUUCAUCCACACUUCUUGAUGAAAUCUAUCGUUCGAUUGAUGGAUAUGAUCAAAUAAAGGAAGAUUUUAAGUUACCAAAAGAAACAAGAAAACAAAACAGCAACAACAAUAUUGGAGCAAAAGCAAAAGACAACAACAACAAAAACAGGAACAUAGAAGAUGAAGAAAUUGCAAGUUUUAGAAGGGCUUGUUUGAUUGAAAAAUGGAUGGAGAAAAAAGUGAAAGACAAAGCUUUGAUGACAAAAAAAGGACCAUCUUCACUUCCAGAAUUAAUGGACAUAAACGAUCCAUGCUUUUUCAGUUCAAGUUCAUCUGAAUCAAAUUCUGGUACUCUCUCUGCCUCUUCAUCUGAAGCUGAUUGUUUUUACACUGAAAAAUCAUCAAGAACUGCCACUACUUGUUUUGCUGCACCAAGGAUUAAAUCAUCAGUUAGAAGAGCUAGUGUUUCACCACGUAUGGCACGUAAAAAUCAAAUGUACAAUGAACAGCAGAGUAAUGAGUUUUAUUUAUUUGAUGAUUAUAAUCACAAUCAGCAAGCAGUGAAAAGUGAAGAGCUUUUGAUAAAGUCAAAAUCAAGAGCUUUGAAUAUCUACAACAAUUUGAAGAAAGUGAAACAGCCCAUUUCCCCUGGUGGUCGUCUUACCAAUUUUCUCAGUUCAAUUUUCACUAAUGGGAAUGGAAAAAAAUCCAAGAAUUUGAAGGACCCUAGUGAAAAUCUAGAGAGGAAUUCAAAAUCAACUUGUUCUUCAGCUUCAUCAUUUUCAAGAUCUUGUUUGAGUAAAACCCCACCAAAAUUCAGUGAUAAGUUCCAACAAAAUGUUGUCAAAAGGACAGUCAGAUUUAAUCCUGUUAGUGUUAUUGUUGACGAAGAUUGUCGUCCUUGUGGUCAUAAAUCAAUUUAUGACCAAGAUUCCGACAAUCUUCGUAGGCACAAAUCCCAAGGGAAUGCAGCAAUAAUUGAGAACAACAACAGGAAAUUUGAACUGACAAAAGUUGAUUAUUUGAAGAAGAAGAAGAAGAAGAAUGAUUACAUUGUUGAUUAUCCAGAGGAAGAAGAAGAAGAAGAAGAAGAAGAAGAAGAUGAUGAUGGAGCAAGUUGUUCAAGUUCAGAUUUGUUUGAAAUUGAUCAUUUAGCAUUUUUUGGUAACAUUAGAUUUUGUGAAGAACUUCCAGUGUAUGAGACCACACAUCUAGAUACCAAUAGAGGGAUUGCUAGUGGUUUCAUUCGUUAAUUUAAUUAGCCUUAGAAUUAUGAUAAAUUUUAGACAAUGUCAUUUUUGUUAUUAGGAGUAAUCAAGAAAGUUCCCCUUUACUUGAUAUAGAUCAAUUUUUGUUCCAAUAAAUGAACUUUAUUACGUA